CCAAGCCCAGAGUCCUGCGUCUGAGUGUCCCCUUAUCUCCCCACGUGGUGGACCUCCGACUCCAGCCCCUGGCCCCAGGGGCCUGGAACCCCAGCAGUUAUUCAGCAGCGGCCAGCCUGGUCUCCCAGGGCCAUGUGGCCUCUGUGGCAGGAUACUGUUGCUUGUGGCCCCGAGUGGCCUAGCCUAACAGGCUCAUAUGAGAGACAGGCUUGGCUGAAGGCUGAGGGGUGAGGGGAGCUCCUGCUCAGCUGAGGGGUCAUGGGCUCCUCUCAGCUCCUCAAGCCCUAAUGAGCUGCAGGCCACAGUCCCUGUCCCAGUCCCCGGCUGGUCCCCAUCUCUCACAGCCUGCCAGUCCCACCCCCCUGCUCUGACUGCCACAGGGGAGGGCCCGAAGGCCAUGUGACCUGAGCUUGCCCCCCUCCACCCUGUGAUCUGCACGUGGCUGGGGGAGGUGGCUGCCAGCCCUCAGAUCUGCCACUGGGAUGCCUCUAGCCCCAGGACUUCAAAGGGGCCAGCGAGGAGUGUGUGCAUUGGGGGGGAGUUCUUAAAGGGCCACGCCACUUCUAAUUCAAAGCAGAGACUGGGACAGCUGUCAGGCGGCUGCUGGGGGGCCAGGACCACAUGGCCCCCACCAGGCUUUGCUCCUCCCCGACCCUGGAGACACAAGAGCAGGUGAGACAGCAGAACCAGGAUUUGCUGUGUGACCCUCUGGCCGGCUCGCUGGAUUGGACUGCGGCGGUCCGUUUUCUAUCCACAUGAGAACAACAUAUAGAGGCGAGGCCUGUGCUCUCGUGCUGAGGGAUGGAAGGUGGCAGACGGUGUGGAACUGCACAUCGGGGAAUGGAGGAAAUGUGGCUGCUAGCUGGAGAUCCCGAGCAGGCCGGAGACUCAGACGCAGAGCUCUUGUCUUCUCUUGGCCGUGGGUACCGAGAGGAGCCAGCUUCUGAGGGCAUCCUCAGCUGAGGGCAGCAAGGUGGUCAAUCUGCCCACCCUCAAAUCCCCUUCCAACCCCAAACAUCAGAAUCACAGCCCCGUGGCUUCCCAAGGCUGUCACUCUUGACAGGAGUAGAAAGCCACAUCUUUCCAUUGAUCUGUCUAUUCUCUGGCUCCAGGAUACAGGUGAGGCUUUCUAUUCCUGGCAACAGUGACAGUCUCAGAAACUCACAGGGCAGUUCUACCGGGUCCCAGGGACGCCGGGAGUCUGCAGUGAGCGUAGUGUUCUUUGGAUGGAAAUGGAGCGACUGGAGGGAGAGCUGCCGGAUCCCCUUGGGAGCGCUUUCAGUCCGUGAAAAUGGGUACAAAGGUCUUGGAGGACACAUGCCAGCGGCAGGACUUCAACCCCUGUGACUAUGACCUGAAGUUUCAGAGGAGCGUGCUUGACCUCUCCCUGCAGUGGAGGUUUGCCAACCUGCCCAACAAUGCCAAGCUCGAGAUGGUGCGUGCCUCCCGGAGCCGAGAGGGGCCCAAGAACAUGGUCCGCAUUGCGCUGCAGGUGGAUGACGGCAUUCGGCUACAGGACACUUUCUGUGCCGGCUGCACCCUCUGGGAGCUCCUCAGCCACUUCCCAAGGACCAGGGGGUGCUUGGAGCAGCUGCAUGAGGCCGUACCUGUGUGCGUGUACAUGAGGGACGAGGUGACGGGCCAGGCUGCCUUGCAGAGGACGACGCUGCAGUCGCUGGGACUCACAGGGGGCAGCGCCACCAUCAGGUUCGUCACAAAGGCGAGCAGCUCAGCCUGCCGACCAGAGCCCGUGGGGGCCAGGGCCCCUGGCCACCCAGCACUGCCCAUUGCUGCCGAUCAGGCCGCCAGCCACCCUGUGCUUCCCUUGGUAGCAAGGGGACUCAGUGGGGGUGACCUGAGCCACCUAGAGGAUGCUGGGCCCUCCAGGCCUGACUGCGAGGACAGCAGGGGCCCAACACCAGCAGACUGCCCACCACAGCUAGAUGCCAAGGCACCCUCGCCACCUCCCUUCAUUCCCUUCUCUGGAGGGGGCCAGCGUCUGGGCGGCCCUUCCGGCUCUGCUUGUACCCUGACGUCACUGUCCACCAAAUCACCCAAAGCCUUGUCCAGCCCUGGAGGUCCAUCUGAGCCAAAAAAGUCGAAGCCAGGCUGUGAGUCCCCACCGGAGCUUGAGUUGCCUGUGGCCCGAGAGCCCGUGGUGUGCCACCCCGACCUGGAGGGGCUGCUGCAGGCCUGGCCUGAGGAGCUGCCCGAGGAGUUCUUCGAGGUGACCGUGGACGAUGUGCGCCGACGCCUGGCCCAGCUCAGGAGCGAGCGGAAGCGCUUGGAAGAAGCCCCCUUAGUGACCAAGUCCUACCGGGAGGCCCAGACCAAGGAGAAGCUGGAGCGAUACCCCAAGGUGGCUCUGCGUGUCCUGUUCCCUGACCGCUACAUCCUGCAGGGUUUCUUCCGGCCCAGCGAGACUGUGGGGGACCUGCGUGACUUCGUGAGGAGCCACCUGGGGAACCCUGCGCUAAGUUUCUACCUGUUCAUCGCCCCUCCUAAGACUGUCUUGGUGGACGACACGCUGACCCUCUUUGAGGCAGACCUCUUCCCUGCCGCCCUUGUGCACUUUGGAACACACCAGCCAUCGGACCCCUACCUGGCGCCCCAGCUGCUGGAGCGGACCGUCUCCCCAUCCUCGGCAGACAGGCUGGUGGCCAGGUACAUGGCCAGGGCGCCUGGGCCCCUGCCUUCCCUACCAGCACCUCCGGAACCUGAGUCUGAGGCCAAGCCGCGCGCUGAGGAGGCCCUGAGUUCCCCUGAGCCUGCUCCGGGGCCAGCCCGGCCCCCCCAGAGGAGUCUGGGCAAAGUACCCAAGUGGCUGAAACUGCCAGCCAGCAGGAGGUGAGAGCCAGCAGCCAGAGAAGCCCUGUCCCCAAGACCCCCACAAGCCAGAGGACCCGCCGCCCCCCCUCCCCUCCCGCGCAAUAAACAUGGUGUGCUACUCA